AUGACACCUCCAGAAAGAGUGCAUUUUAUGAGAUCACAUCGUCAUAUUUCAGAACCUGCAAAGCUACUCACAAAACAACUUGGUUCAGCUGAUAUACCUACUCAUAAAAAGAUGAGUAUUUUGGAGGUACAAUAUGGAGGAAUGGAGAAAAUUGGUUUUACCAAAAAGGAUAUUUACAAUUUUGAAUAUUAUGAGAGUAGCCUGAUGAAGAACCAUGAUGUUGAACUGGAGACUGAGUAUUUUUUAGCUGAACAGAAAAACAAUAGAUCAUUUUAUUUCAAGAUUGAGGGAGAUUCCAAUGACAGGCUUACUCGAUGUUUUUGGGUAGAUGCAACUUCUAGACGAGCAUACGGGUUUUAUGGAGAUGUUGUCGUGCUCGAUACCACAUUCAACACGAACCGAUAUGGCUUGCCAUUUGCACCAAUGUUGGGGGUUAAUAACCAUGGUCAGACAAUUGUUUUAGCUUGUGCAUUUUUAAGUAAGGAAACGACUGAGUCAUUUAUUUGGAUGUUUGAGGAGUUUAAAAAAGCCAUGCCAGGUGGUGAGCCAAAAAUGAUAAUUACAGAUCAAGAUGCAGCUAUGGCUAGAGCAAUUUUUGAAGUAUUCCCCACUACAUUUCAUCGACUUUGCAUAUGGUACAUCAUAACCAAGUUCUCUGAUAAACUACCACGAAUUGCUUAUGAGGAAUAUUGGAAAGAGUUUAAGGAAAUCAUAUGGGAGAUUGACAAUAUAGAUGAAUUUGAAGAAAAGUGGCAUGCAAUCAUUACAAAAUCUGGUUUGACUGACCAUCCAUGGCUGAGUUCAGUUUUUGAUUUGCGAAAAUCAUAG